AUGGCGUCGGCUUGCGUUAAAAAUGUUGGUACUUCUCCGGAGAAGCUAUCAACGGCGAGUUACUCUUGGAUGAGGUCUAAGACGGCAGCGAUGAGCCGGGAAUCUCCGACGUUGGAUCCGCAGCUGGAAAACGAAGAAGAUUCUGUUGACUUUGAGUUUCUUCUCGAAGAUCCCGUCACAAUGUUAACAACAGCCGACGAGCUUUUCUCCAACGGAAAGCUGGUCCCACUAAAGUUUUCCGGCGCAACUACUACGGAGGAGAAGCCUAUAGUAACGGCGGUUAACACGGUGGCGAAACCACGGCGAAGACUGGAGAUGGAGAUCUCCGGCGCCGAUCCUUACCUCUUCUCUCCGAGAGCACCUCGUUGCACUGUGAGAUGGCGUGAGCUUCUAGGCCUCAAGAGACUCGCCAAGACUCAAGAAGAAGCGUCCUCUUCGAGGUUGUCUUCUUCUUCCCCAAACCCCAAAACGGCAUCGUUUAGACAUUUUCUAAACCGGAGUUCCAAAUCCAACGCCGCAGCUCCGUCUCCUCCGCCGUUGAUAAAGGACUCAGACAUCUCCGAGUCGUCAACGUCGAUCUCCUCUUCCCGUCUCUCCCUCUCGUCGUCGUCUUCCUCCGGUCACGAGCUCGACGAUCUUCCAAGAUUAUCUCUAGAUCUCGACAAACCAACCGCUCCAAACCCGUUCGCUCGGCCACGUGCUCACCACCACUUGCGAAACCCGAACCAGCCGAGGAAGCCACGACGUCAUUCACCGGCUGAUGAAUCGACGGAGAGUGAGUCGAGAGGCUUAACGGUAACGGCGGAUAGUCCGAGGCUGAAUGCUUCGGGGAAGAUCGUGUUUCAUGGACUCGAGAGAAGCUCAAGCAGUCCCGGUAACUUCACCGGCGGUCCAAGGAUGAAGCAGCACCAUGGAAUGCCGAGAUCUCACUCGGCCAACGUCAGAAUCAGUCCUGUUCUUAAUGUUCCCGUCUCCUCUCUCCGUGGCGGACCCAAGUCGGGUCUCUUCUUUGGCCAGCUUUUCUCUUCUUCUUCUUCUUCUUCCUCUUCAUCUUCAUUAUCUGGAAACAGAGCUCAGUUGCAGAGCAACAACACCAAGAACCAUACCAAUCGAACCAGGCUUGAACCGAAAAACGAACUCUGA